AUGCCGACCAUCUCCGUCGACAAGUACAAGCUGUACGAGGCCCUUGGCCAGAAGUUCACCAAGGCCGAGUUCGAGGACCUCUGCUUCGACUAUGGGAUCGAGCUUGACGAGGACACCGAAGACGAUGAGCGGCCCAUCGUCAAUGGAGUCCAAGAACCCCCGCAGCUCAAGAUCGAAAUCCCCGCCAACCGAUAUGACAUGCUCUGCUUCGAGGGCAUCGCCCUCAACCUCAACAUCUUCCGCGGCCGCAUCGCCCCUCCCAACUUCCGGGUAGUCGAGCCCAAGAACGAGCAGCAGCAGGUCAUCAAGGUCCUGCCGGACACCACCAAGGUCCGCCCUUACGUCGCCGGUGCCGUCCUUCGCAACAUCAAGUUCACCCAGGACCGCUACGACUCCUUCAUUGCCCUGCAAGACAAGCUGCACCAAAACUUGGCUCGCAACCGAACGCUCGUCUCGAUGGGAACACAUGAUCUGGACACUGUGCAGGGUCCUUUCACCUACGAGGCGCUGCCACCUAAGGAUAUCGAGUUCACCCCUCUCAACCAGACCAAGAAGAUGAACGCGGAGGAGCUUAUGACCUUCUACGAGAACGACAAGCAUCUUGGCCGCUUCCUUCACAUCAUCCGCGACGCGCCGGUGUAUCCCGUGAUCUACGAUGCGAACCGCGUCGUGUGCUCGCUUCCUCCCAUCAUCAACGGGGAGCACUCCAAGAUCACGUUGAACACGACAAAUGUCUUCAUUGAGAUCACCGCUACCGAUCUCACGAAGCUCCAAAUUGUCACCGACAUGCUCGUCACAAUGUUCUCCAUGUACUGCGCCGAACCCUUCACCGUCGAGCCGGUUAAGAUUGUCUCGGAGCACAACGACCUGACGAGGGUGACGCCGACCCUCAAGCCUCGGGUCACGCACGCCGAAGUGGACUACUUGAACAGCUGCACCGGGUUGAACGAAACGCCAGAGUCUCUAUGUAAGCUGCUCACCAAGAUGGCGUACUCCUCUCGCCCCUCAGACCGAGAUGCCAACCUCCUCGAGAUCGCCAUCCCCCCCACCCGAGCCGACAUUCUGCACCAGUGCGAUAUUAUGGAGGAUCUCGCUGUAUGCUAUGGCUUUAACAAACUGCCGCGGACUGCGCCUACGCGGAGUGCGACCGUCGGUGCCCCUUUGAUGGUCAACAAGCUCAGCGAUAUCGUGCGUGUGGAGGCUGCUAUGGCGGGGUGGAGCGAAGUCAUGCCCCUUAUUCUGUGCAGUCACGACGAGAACUUCGCGUGGCUGAACCGCAAGGAUGACGGGAAUACUGUUGUCCGUCUGGCAAACCCCAAGACCCUGGAGUACCAGGUCGUAAGGACGUCGCUGCUACCGGGUCUGCUCAAGACCAUUCGCGAGAACAAGGGCCACAGCGUCCCAAUCAAGAUCUUCGAGGUUGCCGAUGUCGCCUUCAAGGACGAGAGCGAGGAGCGCAAGGCUCGCAACGAGAGGCACUUCGCCGCUGCGUGGUGCGGCAAGUCCAGUGGCUUCGAGGUUGUCCAUGGCCUCCUUGACCGUGUCCUGUUGAUGCUGCGGACUGCCUUCCUGACCCACGAAGAGGGCCUGACCUGCGGCAAGAGCGUCGACUUUGAGGUGAAGCAAAACCCCAGCAAGCCCGACGGUUAUUGGAUCGAAGAGCUCAACGAGGACACCUUCUUCCCUGGCCACGCCGCGGGCGUGUACCUCCGCCUUGGAGGCAAGGAGGCCCGCAUCGGCGAGUUUGGCAUCCUCCACCCCACUGUCCUGGAGAAGUUUGACUUGAGAUACCCUGUCAGCACCCUAGAGAUCAACCUCGAGGUCUUCUUAUGA